UCCAAUUUUCAAAAAGCAAUUGCAAACAAAAAUUUCAAAACGCCGGACGCAAUUUCCACUUCCCAAUUUCUAUUUAUUUCAAAGACGAAGUCUUCCCUUUCAUCCAAUCUGCCGCCUUUGUUUUCUCACCUGUUCGUAUCUCCUCCCAUCGUUCUCCCCUUCUCUGUAUCUUUCCGGAACCCUAGAUUUCUAUCUCCUUCCAUGUCUUCCCUCAAAUCAUCGCUUUCCUUGAGCUCCGUCGACGCCAGCACCAAUCGAAUGGCUUCAGCUUGCCAUGGUUCCGGGGGCGAGGUCCAUGCCAUCGUGGGCCCUAUGUUCGCCGGGAAAACCACCGCCCUCCUCCGCCGGAUCAGAGCUGAAGACAACAAUGGCAGAAAUGUAGCAAUAAUAAAAUCAAGCAAGGAUACAAGAUAUGCAGUAGAUUCAAUUGUGACGCAUGAUGGGGCAAAAUUUCCAUGCUGGGCAUUGCUUAAUUUGUCCUCAUUUAGGCAGGAAUUUGGAGCUGAUGCUUAUGACAAGCUAGAUGUAAUUGGCAUAGAUGAAGCUCAAUUCUUUGAAGACCUUUAUGAUUUCUGCCGCAAGGCUGCUGACCAUGAUGGCAAAACUGUGAUUGUUGCUGGCCUAGAUGGUGACUACUUGAGAAAGAGCUUUGGUUCAGUGCUUGACAUAAUCCCUCUUGCUGAUUCUAUAACCAAGUUAUCUGCACGUUGUGAAAUUUGUGGCAAACAGGCCUUUUUCACCUUGAGAAAGACAGAGGAGAUCCAGACAGAACUGAUUGGCGGUGCAGAUGUUUACAUGCCUGUUUGCCGUCGGCACUAUGUAAAUGGACAAGUUGUCAUGGAAGCUUUACGAGUUGUUGUGGAAUCUCAUAAAGCUCUGGAUGAUUCAUCUACGGAGGCUGCUUCUGUUAUGCAAUAAUGUCUGUCUUGCUCACUGCCUGAAAUAUAUUUCUUGUGCUUGUUUCUUAUUCCCAUGGGUUGUCUGUCCAGAAUGCUGAUUUUGGAUCGUUCCUGACUUCCUGGUUCCCCAGAGAAUAUUUGUGUAUUCUUUUUAUGUAUAUAAAAAAUGAAGCUUGUUUCUUGGCA